CCUCCUCUUUUAUCAAAACCAACUACACUUUUCAGAUUCCAUUCACUACUCUUUCACACCCAAUAAAAACUUCAUCUUUCUUGUAAAUUGUUGAUGAUCGCUUCUCAUAUUUGACUCUAGAGACAAACAUCAUUUCUACCGACAAAGAUUGGAUCAAGAAUUACAUCUUGUUUGAAGAAUCCGGAGCAAGCUCUCGUUGUAGCAAUCCAAGAAUUGAAAGAUGGGUUUAUCAAGUCUUCCUGGUCCAUCAGAAGGAAUGUUAUGUGUGAUAUUAGUUAACACAGCAUUAUCGAUCUCCAUUGUUAAAGGCAUUGUCCGAUCAGUCCUUGGCAUAGUAGGAAUCAGUCUCUCGCCUUCUUCAUCCUCGCCUUCCUCAGUGACGGCAUCUUCAGAGAAUCCAACUUCAGAGCCUUUUGAUUUCCGGGUUUGCCAACCAGAGAGUUUCCUUGAGGAGUUCAGGAACCGGACUCCGACACUGAGGUUUGAGAGCUUGUGCAGGUGCAAGAAACAGGAGGACAAUGAGUGUUCGGUGUGCCUGUCGAAAUUCGAAGGGGAUUCAGAGAUCAACAAGCUAAAGUGUGGCCAUUUGUUUCACAAAACAUGCUUGGAGAAAUGGAUAGACUAUUGGAACAUCACUUGCCCACUGUGUAGGACUCCUCUUGUUGUUGUGGCAGAAGACCAUCAGCUUUCUUCUAAUGUUUGGUGACUGCUUUUCACUGUAUAGGGUUUUUGUUUGGGUGUGUUUGUUGUGUAGAGCUACUUUACUACGAAUUAGGCUGCAUCGCGGUUGAUUCUCGAACAGAUUUAGACCGGGGAUGGGAUAAUCUGAUGUACAUAUCCUGUGAGUUAUAUAUGUAUAUAUAUAUAUAUACCCAUGUGUAAUGGAGCUCGUUUGAACAUAGUUUUCAUGAAUAUGUGUGUGUGGAUUAAGAGUUCAUGUUUACAUA